GGGAUGGUGUUGUCGGUCUUUGUCGUUCUACUGCUCACCGUGAUCUACGAGCUUCUGAAAGUGUGGAAGGUCACUAUUGGAAAACAGAAGCGAUCCUCCAUUACGCAUUCAUCCGCUCCGGUGUCUUUCUCACCUGAAGCGUCCUGUUUCGCCCCUGUCAUGAAGUGUCAAGAGGGAAGCUCUUCUCUGACCAACAGCCCCUCUGAGAUCUCAUUAGCUCCCACCGAGAAUACGGCCACCACUGCUGACACCACCGCCGCUGCUAAGAAGAGCUGGCUUCUGCACUGCCUCCAGACCUCCAUACACAUCCUGCAGGUGACGCUGGGCUACAUGCUCAUGCUCUGCGUCAUGUCCUACAACGUGUGGAUCUUCUUGGGGGUCAUCAUGGGAUCAGUCUUGGGAUACUUUCUGGCUUUUCCUCUACUGAAUCACAUUUGAGAAGACAUGAGAGAACAAAAACAUGUGGCGGCAUCUCGAAAUGUUCAUCUGAGUUGACUGCGGACUCUAGAUCAAGAGCAAAAUGCAAGGUUUGUGUGGCCACGAUCAAUAAGACGUGCAAGAGAUGUUGCGAUAUGUAGACUGAACAGGGAUGAUUCCAUUUUGAACAUUUUUUAAGGUUGUACGUCAAAGAUCUUGCAUGAAAUCUUAAUUAACUAAAAUGUGGCAAUGACCAAUUGUAAAAUUGGUUAAAAACCAACUUUCAAAAGUAUUUAGAAUUUAAACCACAUUGGAAACACUAUCUUUCAAGUGUUAAACCAUGUGAUUUUACCUUUGAGGUUGUAUGAUGUGACCUCUUGUUCAAACAGUCAGCACUGUACUAAAUGGAGAUGUGCCUCAUUGACCGGUUUUAUACUUUCUACAACUACUGAUGUAAUUAAUAAGCUAAUUUUCUGUUACACAGAUGAAUGUUUAAAUUCUCUUCUCUGAGAUUUGCUUUACUGUAGCUGGUGGUUUUCUGUUAUUUUGGGAAAUCACACUAGUUUUAAACCUCAUAUUAAACUUCCUACAUGAGUCAAGAUCAGGCGUUUUUGUGUCAUGCUGGAAAUUACUGCUGAAUAGCAGAACAAACAAUGGUUUGAACCAUUGGUCAAAAAGAGAAAUGCAAAUCAUGUGGCCUUAGUUAAUGUUCGCCAGCAAUACAGACGCAUGGAAAGUGACUGACUGACUGAGAGCAGAAAUGAGAAACUACGAUGCUCACCGCAAUGAUUCAAAUGCACUAUUAGUAAUGUUCCUCCAGGCAAUCUUUUAAAACUGUUUUACUCCAUUGCUUAAUUGUUUUAAAAUGAAAUUUGUUUUAUUGGCAAAUAUAUUAAUGGUUUUGAUUACAAGUCUACACCC